CUUAACUCAGUUUCCCCUUUCCAAUGCAUAAAAUGGAAACUAAACGGCCUGACUCGGGACUCUAGUCCGACAAACCAAACCUUCUCUGGCAAUUGAAAGCAGCCCACACGACCUGUGACCGUGUGAGCAAAGCCACCCUUACAACCCAUGUGCAUCAUCUUCUUUAAGUUUGAUCCUCGUCCUGUUCCCAAAAAUGCAUACAGGUUCAUCUUGGCAGCCAACAGAGAUGAAUUCUACAACAGGCCCUCCAAGUUGGCAGACUUCUGGGGGAACAACAAUGAGAUCCUCAGUGGACUCGACAUGGAGGAAGGCAAGGCAGGAGGAACAUGGCUGGGCAUCAGCACACAUGGGAAGCUGGGGGCCCUCACCAACUAUCUGCAGCCCCAGCAAGACCCAUAUGCCCGUGGUAGAGGUGAACUUGUGACUCACUUUCUGACCGGUGACAUGGACAGCCUUUCCUACCUGAAGAAGGUCUCUACAGAGGGCCACCUGUACAACGGCUUUAACCUCCUGGCAGCUGACCUGAGCACAACAAAAGGAGAUGUUGUUUGCUACUAUGGAAACCGGGGACAGCCUGAGCCUGUUGUCUUGGCACCAGGAACCUAUGGGCUAAGCAAUGCCCUACUGGAGACGCCCUGGAGGAAGCUGUGCUUUGGCAAACAACUCUUCAUGGAAGUGGUGAAGCAGAGCGAGGCACUCCCUAAGGACACCCUUGUCACCCAUCUCCUAGGUGUACUCAACAAUGAGGAGCCACAGCUGCCAGAUCCAGCCAUUGAGGACCAGGGCCGGGAGUAUGUACAGCCAAUUCUGAGCAAGUAUGCAGCCGUGUGUGUGCGCUGCGCCACCUAUGGCACCAGAACCAACACCAUCAUCCUUGUGGAUGCAGAUGGCCAUGUGACCUUCACAGAACGAAGCAUGCUGGACAAAGACGCCUCUUGCUGGGAGACCAACACCUAUGAGUUCACACUACAGAGUUAGCCCCACUGCAAGGAUGCUGUGCCUCAAGGGUCAGCAAGGAUAGGAACCUUCCAUGGCCACACUGCAUGUCUGUGACUCAGCCAGCAUCCCUAGGACCAGGACCCGCUGAUCUGUGUGUUACCAAUACUUGACCUCAUAACCAGCUCAGGGUUUGUCUAUACCAGUGGGGAAUGGCAGAGUUGAACACUAGGUUUGAGUCAGACCUGGGUGUGUCCUACACAUGUGCCGCACCUCAUGCUCAGUCCCACCACCACCACCACCACCACCACGUACACACACGUGUGUGCCUGGCUGACUAGCAGGGCAGUGCCUCUCACUUCACAUGUUUGGCCAGUGAUCUCUUCCCUGAACAAAUAACAGAAGCAGGCUUUUUAUAGCAGCUAUGGCCUUCCCUUUCCUGAAUGCAGAGUGCAACUGUGCCUCAGUUCCUCAUGGCUAGACAUGCUCCUGCAGGAGAGCUGGUCAUGUUAGAAACUGAACGUGGCACAAGAAAAACCCACAUGGAUAGAUAAUGGAGAUAAUUGGAGAUCCUGUAGUUCUCUGUGUUAGGGGAUCCUGUGUGCAUUGGUCAGUCCCAUUGUGUGGAUCCUGGGAUCUCUUAGACCCCUGCUUGCCCAGCAAGCAUUGUGGGUUCUGAGCAGGACUAUCUCAGCAAGUGGCUAAGCCAGCCCCUGCCAUCUCCCGCCUCCCUAUUCACAAGCUGGACUUCAUGUGAACAUGAGCUGUUGAUAAUAAAAUGUUGAGCUUGUGAUGGGUAA